AUGGAUCUGCAAGGAGUACGAGGAGAUGUGUGUUGCAGAAUUUUUCCUGCUACCCUCUCAGAAGCCGCUCAACAGUGGUAUUUCAAGCUGGCCCCUGGAAAGUUCAACUCAUGGAAAGCCUUCUAUUCACAAUUCCAUGCACAAUUCUCCUCCUCUCGCCAACUUCUAUUGCAUCUAGGAGACAUGGUCGAAGUCAAGCAAAGACCAGGCGAGCCUCUCCGGGCAUACAUCAGCAGAUUCAUGACGGAGGCGACCAAGGUUUCACGAGUAACUGAAGAUGGAAUGUUGUCCGCGAUACUGGGGGGCAUUGAAGUCCUUGGUGAACUUUGGAAGGACAUAAGAAAGAAAAGCCCGGUAGACUCAAUGAGCAAUUUUGUUGACCAUGCUGAAGGCUUCAUCAAGCUUGAAGAAGCUAUUCAGCGAGCAGAAGGUGAGCAAAAGCGUGGCAAGUCAAAAGCUCCUUCCACUGGAACGUUCGGCCAAUUCCCCCAUUACCCAAAUAAUUUAAGCUCGAAUGGUAAACGUUCCAACAACAACAAUAGGCAAGGAAAUGGGAAGAAGGGAACGUUCACCGGCAAUACUGAGCAAGCUCCCUAG